CGAGGUCUGAGAGUCUGGAGAGGACUUACAGUGUUGCAGUUAACCUUCAGACAGCAGCAACAUUGACACUGGGGUUAGAGGGAUCUGAGAAGACGUUACUACGAUAACCUGCUUUCUUCUGGACUCAGCAUCUAAAAUCAGAAUGGAAGCUCACCCUAAAAAAUCACCAACAUGUGGGACAAUUUGUCUGAAAUAUCUACUUUUUCUCUUCAACAUUCUUUUCUGGCUGGCAGGAGGGACCGUGCUGGCAGUGGGAGUGUGGACUCUGAUGGAGAAGAGCGACUACAUCAGUUUACUGAACUCCAGCUUCUACUCAGCCUCCGCUUACAUCCUGAUAGUCGCCGGGCUCAUUGUGAUCGUGACGGGGAUUAUUGGUUGCUGUGCCACUCUGAAGGAGAUGAAGAGUCUUUUGAUUGUGUAUUUGGUCUUGUUGCUGUGUAUUUUCCUGCUGGAAAUCAUUGCUGGUGUGUUGGCCUAUAUUAACUCCCAACAGCUGGAUGAGGAGCUGAGACUGAGCCUGACGAAGAACAUGCAGCAGAAAUACAAGCAACUGGGAGAAGAAAGUGUCACAGAUGCUGUGGACAAGCUUCAUCAAGAGUUUAAGUGUUGUGGCAGUAACAGCUCCUCUGAUUGGAGAGACAGUGUGUGGAUCAAGGCACAGAAGGAGCGUGUCGUGCCUGACAGCUGCUGUAAAACCCCCACUACCCUCUGCGGCCGUAGGGACCAUCCCUCCAACAUCUAUAAGGUGGAGGGAGGCUGUAUUAUGAAAUUAGAGGAGUUCAUCCUGAGUCAAUUAUAUAUUCUUGGUGCAGUGGGUAUUGGGAUUGCAUUUUUACAGCUUGUGGGGAUGAUGUUUACUUGCUGCCUUUAUCGAAAUUUGAAAAAAUAGCCAUACUGAUUUUGGACUACUCAAAUAUUACACAUGACAUAUCAUGCAUUGCCAAAAUGUUUGGUUAGAUACUUAAAUGUCUCCAAUUUACAUAUUUCUGGGAUUCUGUUAAGUUGUGAGUUCAAGUUAUUAUGAAUUGCAUAAUACACACACUAGACAUAGUCAAGUAUUUAUUCAUAUUGUGCCAAAUCACAACAGAAGUUACCUCAGGGCACUUUUCACAUUGAGCAGGUCCAGAAUUUACUUUUAACUUACAGAGAUCCAACAUUCCCCCAUGAGCAAGUACUUGCAAGGAAAAACUCUCCUUUAAUGGGAAGAAACCUGGAGCAGAACCGGACUCUAGGUGGGCGGCCAUCUGCCUUGAACGGAUGGGUUGAGAGAGAAAGAGGGAGGUGGAAAGAGGAGGAAGACACAGAAGAGCAUGGCAACAAAAAUAACAACAAC